AUGUCUGCGCCCAUCUUCGCACAGGAGGCCACGCAAGAGCGCGCUGAGAAUGCGCGUCUCUCGAGCUUCGUCGGCGCCCUCGCGCUCGGCGACCUCGUCGCCUCGACGCUCGGCCCCAAGGGCAUGCACAAGAUCCUGCAGUCCGUCGGCUCCAACUCGCUCGAGAUCACAAACGACGGCGCCACGAUUCUCAAGAGCAUCCACCUCGACAACCCCGCCGCCAAGAUCCUCGUCAACAUCAGCAAGGUGCAGGACGACGAGGUCGGCGACGGCACCACGAGCGUCUGCGUGCUCGCUGCCGAGCUGCUGCGCGAGGCCGAGAAGCUCAUCGAGAAGCGCAUCCACCCGCAGACCGUCGUCGAGGGCUACCGCAUCGCCAGCGCCGCGGCGCUGCGGGCGCUCGACCGCGAUGCGCGUGACAACGGUGCCGAUCCCGCAGCGUUCCGCCGCGACCUGGUCAACAUCGCGCGCACGACGCUGUCGUCGAAGGUGCUGUCGGCCGACAAGGACUACUUUGCGAACCUCGCCGUGGACGCCGUGCAGCGCCUGAAGGGCAGCACGAACCUGGAGAACAUCCAGAUCAUCAAGAAGGUCGGCGGCAAGCUGACCGACAGCUACCUGGACGAGGGCUUCAUCCUCGACAAGCGCAUCGGCACCAACUGCCCGAAGCGCAUCGAGGGUGCGCGCAUCCUCAUCGCCAACACGUCGAUGGACACGGACAAGAUCAAGGUGUUCGGUGCGCGCGUGCGGGUCGAGGGCACGGGCAAGCUGGCCGAGCUGGAGCGUGCCGAGCGCGAGAAGAUGAAGGCCAAGGUGGAGCGCAUCAAGGCGCACGGCAUCAACUGCUUCAUCAACCGGCAGCUCAUCUACAACUACCCCGAGAGCAUCCUCGCCGACGCAGGCAUCAUGAGCAUCGAGCACGCCGACUUCGAGGGCGUCGAGCGCCUUGCCCUCGUCACUGGCGGCGAGAUCGCCUCGACGUUCGACCGGCCCGACCUGGUCAAGAUCGGUGCCUGUGACACGAUCGAGGAGAUUAUCAUCGGCGAGGACCGGUUGAUCAAGUUCUCGGGCGUGGCCGCCGGCGAGGCCUGCACGGUGGUGCUGCGCGGCGCGACGUCGCAGAUGGUGGACGAGGCCGAGCGCUCGCUGCACGAUGCGCUCAGUGUGCUCAGCCAAACAGUCAAGGAGACGCGCGUGACGCUCGGCGGCGGCUGUGCGGAGAUGAGCAUGAGCAAGGAGGUGGACGAGGAGGCACGCCAGACGGCGGGCAAGAAGGCGCUGGCGACGGAGGCGUUUGCACGUGCGCUGCGGCAACUGCCGACAAUCCUGGCCAAUAACGCCGGUCUCGACUCGGCCGACCUCGUCUCACGGCUGCGCGCCGCGCACCAGGCGGGCGACCGCGACGCCGGCCUGGACCUCGACGAGGGCAAGAUCAAGUCCAUGCUGGACCUCGGCAUCACGGAGAGCUACAAGCUCAAGCGGGCCGUCGUCAACUCGGCCAGCGAGGCGGCCGAGCUGAUCCUGCGCGUCGACGACGUGCUGCGUUGUGCACCGCGGCGUCGCGAGGGCCACUAGAGAGGGAGGGACGGGUAGGGCAGUCGGCCUAGAGCACAC